AUGUCGACGAGCUACAACUCCGCCAUUUCCGGACCGCUCACACUCAUGACACUCCCAGCAGAGAUCCGGGUCCAGAUCUGGGAAUACGCAAUCCCCCAGCGGUGGUGGUAUUUUGCAGGGCCCUACCGCUUCGAUUGCCACGAUCACAAGAAAUGUUCGAAUGCGCGUAAGGAAGACAACCCAUCAAACCGUGGCGGCUUAUCCGACCCGCGUUGUCGGUGCGAGUUCGUCAAGCUACACAACGAACGAGUAUCACUGUCGCUGCUGUGCAAGCGCGCCUUCCCCGAAAUCAGAUCCGUCCUGUCCAAGGCCAGUAUCACCUACGAGACCCACCAUUUCAUGAAUGUCCACCUGCCUUCGAAUUGCUUAGGACAAGUCGAGGAAUUUAUCAUUCCAUCGAAUUGGCUGGCUUGCUGUGGUCCAAAGAGCCACUUCGAGAACGUGGAUCUGGCAAGCAGUUACCCAAACUUGAAGCGCAUCUACCUGAAGCCAGAUUUCACUGGCAGCUGGGGCACGAUCAAGUUCUCCGACGCCAUCAUCGACCACAUCCACAGACGCCUCCACGAUCGCAGCGGACGAUCUCAGGUGGACAAGGUCGACCUUCUGAGCAGUGUACACACGCAACAUCUCAAUAACGGCUACACCGAACAAUUCUACGAGACUCUGGCCAUCCUGUUGGACUCUGACAUCGCGGUGCACGCUUCGUAUACUUAUCGGCUCCAAGUCACCGAGAGGCAGGGAUGCCGGGCUAGUCUAAGGAGACCCCGAAUCGUUGCGCCCAAGAUUCUGCUGAACCAGAGAAUCCACACGAACGUGAUCUGGGACAAGAGCGGCAUCCGACUCGGCGAGAUCCCCAGUCUCAAGCACGAGUGGUGGUACGACGAGUGGGUUGACGCGACCCCAACUCCCAGGAAUAUGUGGUAUGAUUCACGCUGCCACGACUUCGGCCACGGCGGGUGGCGCGUCCAGACGCUUGGGCCGGGCGACAUAAUGCGCACGACUGUCCACUGGGCGGCAAGGCCACGAUCGGACGAGCCCCGGUUUGAAGUGGGCAUAAUCAGGGAUUACAAGGAGGUCUACCACGGACAUCCUCUUCUGUACCUUGGCUCUUGA